AUGGCUGCCGCCGGAGCGGUGGCCCAGUCAACCGUUGACCUGUCCGGCCUUCCAGCAUUCUUGAAGUCGAGCUCAAGCACCAACUGGCCAACACUCCUCAACAUUGGCCAGCAGAUCUGGAAUGAUCCCGAAGUUGGCUUGGACGAGACUCACGCCCACGACCGGAUUGUCAGCUACUUCUCUUCGGUUGCCGGCUGGACUGUAGACGGAUCGGCUUAUGCCGGCCUCCCUACCGCAUUCAGGGCCGAGUUCGACAACCGACCUGCUGGCUUUGCCGGCGAUCUUCCUACCGUCGGCUUCCUGGCCGAGUACGACGCUCUGGUCGGCAUUGGCCAUGCCUGCGGCCACAACCUCAUUGCCCUUAACGGCAUCUCAGCCGCCAAGUUUGCCAGUGAGGCGCUGGCACACUUCAACAUCCCCGGCCGCAUCAUCGUCAUCGGAACCCCUGACGAGGAGAACGCCGCUGGCAAGUUCAAGCUCAACAACUUGAACGCCUUUGCCGACUCGGACGUCUGGCUGAUGGCUCACCCAACCACAACGAGCGCCAUCCAGCCCAUGAACGCCCGUCUCAACUACUUUGCUACCUUUGUCGGCAGCACGCACUCCGAGGCCGUUGCAAACGCAUACAGCGCCCUGAACAUUGUGCAAAACCUGAGUGGACUUCCCGGAACUAGUUCUAGUGCCGUUGGUAUUGAGAAUGUCGGCGUCUACGCGACCAACAUUGUCCAGACUAUCAUCAAGCUUGGUGUUGCUGGCUCGGACCUUGAUACCGUCACCAAGACUGUUUCCGGCAUCCUUGACUCAACCUAUCCCAAUGUCACCUUCUCCGCUGCCAACGAUGAUGAUGGUGUUGCCCUGACGUUUAACGGACCCGGUGGCCAUGCUUCAGAGGCAACCAAGGGACCGCUGGUGCUCUCAGUCAACACUUUCAACGCCCUCAAGAACACUGCUGGUGUCUCAUUCUACCUCCCCAGCAACACGACCGCCACCGAGCUCGACAUCACCAUUGACAUGCGCACUCGCUUCACCACUGAUAUCAACACCGUGGCCAACUUUGUCAGCGCUGCUCUCGGAACUCUUCCCAAGAGCGUCUCUCACGAUGUCAAGUACCCGGCUCUGGAGGUGACGCCCUUCCUUGGCGACCAGUUUGUCAGCAUCGUUGGAGGAGCCGACUAUGGACUGACCAACUUCCCCGUCAGCACCUUUGCUCCCGCCUCAACCGAUGCCUCGUGGGUGCAGGAUCCUGUUCUCAACGCUUCUCACAACCUGACUAGCGCGGCCAAGGCAGUCCUUCACGCCAACUAUGGUAUCUGCACAAACCUCUCGGGUGCUGGCUGCGCUUUCAACCACGAGCCCCUCUUCAAGGCCUUGGCCAACACCGACUUUGCCUACGCUCAGACGGAGAUUGUGGCCAGAGCAGAGGCUCAGCUCGCAGUGCAGCUGCUGGCUGAUCCCGAUCAGAUGGCGGAGGCAACCAAGAUUAUCUCACAGUAA